CUCUCUCUCCGUUUGGCUUUGCUCUCUCUCUCUCUCUCUCUCUCUCUCUCUCUCUCCCCUCUCUCUUCGGCGAUCUGGUCAUAUCUGAUGCAGUUUUGAGCUAAGAGAUCGGUCCAACAGAAUCAUUUCUAAAAACGAUUAAGGUUUGGAAACUAAUCUCAUGAAUUCAGAAGAAAAAUUUUCGUUUGCACUCAUUGAGCGGAAGUAAAAGAGGGCAAAGCCUAAUCUGUAUAUGGCAUUUGAACAAAUGGCUCUUACUGCCCUCACAUCUGUACCCACCAUCACCCAACUCCCUCAUCAUGCAAACAACAAACCAACAUUGGCAAUGCCACACCUAUCACAACAUCAGAAUAGAUCUCAGUUCAUUAGUUGUAAACCCAAUCUUUCUGUUAAACAACAAUCCAAUAAACCCAUAGACCUCACUGUUGCAUUUACCUCCUCCAUUUCCCGUCAUUGCCGCAAUGGCAAGCUACCUGAAGCUGCCUCACAAUUCAUACAAAUGCUUCUUUGUGGCGUUGAGCCCAAUCACAUCACAUUCACUACUCUUUUAUCUGGAUGUGCAGAUUUUCCAUUAGAAGGAAAAUCUUUCGGCCCUUCUAUUCACUCUUAUGCUCGAAAAGUGGGUUUAGAUACAUGUAAUGUGAUAGUGGGUACUGCACUUGUUGACAUGUAUGCAAAGUGUGGUCAUAUAGAGCUAGCAAGAUUGUGCUUUAACGAGCUAAAGACUAAAAAUUCAGUGUCUUGGAACACAAUGAUUGAUGGUUACAUGAGAAAUACUAAAAUAGAGGACGCGAUUGAGUUGUUCAAUGAAAUGCCUGAAAGGGAUAAAAUUUCUUGGACUGUACUCAUUGAUGGUUUUGUCAAAAAGGGGCAUUUUGAGCAAGGACUGCAAUGUUUUAGAGAAAUGCAGGUUUCAAAUGUGGAGCCUGAUUAUGUAACCAUUAUUGCUGUUUUGUCUGCUUGUGCAAACCUGGGUGCGCUUGGGUUAGGCAUGUGGAUACAUCGAUACAUUCUAAAGCAAGAGUUUAGAGACAAUGUUAGGAUAAGUAAUUCAUUGAUUGAUAUGUACGCUCGAUGUGGAUACAUUGGAUUAGCACAGGAAGUCUUUCACAAAAUGUUGAAGAGAACUGUGGUCUCAUGGAACUCUAUUAUUGUGGGUUUUGCUGCUAAUGGGUUAGCGGAGGAAGCUUUAGAGUACUUUGAGUUGAUGCAGAAAGAAGGAUUCAGACCAGAUGGAGUCAGUUUCACUGGAGCACUUACUGCUUGUAGCCAUGUUGGAUUGGUGGACAAAGGGCUUAAGUAUUUUGCUGACAUGAAUAGAGUGCACAAAUUAUCUCCUAGAAUUGAGCAUUAUGGAUGCAUAGUAGAUCUUUAUAGUCGUGCUGGGAGGUUAGAAGAUGCACUGAGUGUCAUAGAAAAAAUGACGGUGAAGCCAAAUGAAAUUGUCUUGGGAUCAUUGUUGGCUGCUUGUAGGACUAGUGGAAAUGUAGGGUUAGCUGAGAAGCUGGUGGACUAUCUUGCUGAUUUAGAUCCUAGCAUUGACUCCAAUUUUGUGCUACUAGCAAAUAUAUAUGCAGCAGUUGGAAGAUGGGAUGGUUCAAGCAAAGUUAGGAGGACAAUGAAGGCCCUUGGUAUACAAAAGAAGCCAGGGAUUAGUUCAAUUGAGAUCGGAUGUGCGAUUCAUGAAUUUGUGGCUGGUGAUAAAUCUCACAUUGAAAACGAGCAUAUUUAUGAAAUGCUAAAGACUUUAUCACAUGAUCUAACAUUAUUUGGCUAUGUUCCUGAAGCCACAAUAAAUGAUUUGUACGGAAAUGAUUGAACCAUUGGUAGUAACACCAAUCUUAUUAACUUAAAUAAUCAAGUUUUAGAUUUUUAAUUCAAUCUCCCAAUAACUAACGGAGUUGAUGAUGAAGUUCUAUGUUGAAUCAUAUCUAAUGAUUCAUCACCUUUUCCUACUCUCUUCCUAGUAUUAGCAUCCACGUUUGAUCUCACAAAACAACUUCAAGAAAACAAUUUAUUUCUAAGAACCAAAUCUCAAGUCCUAUUGUUCACCUCUCUAUUGUGCACUGCUCUCUCUCUAUUGUGCACCUCACAGUCACAUUUUUUCUUUUGAAUUUUAUUUGACUUGUAACAGAGACAAUUUGCGAACAAAUAUCAGAGUUUUUGACUGUAUUUUAUA